GUCUCCUCCUCCUCCUCCUUCUCCUCCUCCUCCUCCCGCCUCAGUGGAGUAGCUCUGCUGGCUAGCUAGCUAACAAACUCAUCGCUGUGGCUAACCCGCUGCCCGGCUAACCUGCCUGCCCCCCAGCCUGACAGGACAGCCCACACACGCUUCAUGUAGCCCAACGCUGAUGCUAAAUCCGGUUAGCUGAGUUACCUCGCUUGCUUGAAGGCUGUCAGAGGCUCUCCACCCUCACCCUGGCUGCGGACCGGUAGUGUUGAGCCGCCUCCUGCUAGCCAAGUUCCUCAUCAGUCAGAGGGCGGAGGAGGCAGGUUAGUGAUUUAGCUAGCUCACUACAAGGUGGUGGAUACAUGUCUACCUCUCAGCCACAAGACGGAUUACGAAAGAUAAAUCUUGCAGUUCAUGUUUCGCCAAGAAGUCGGUGCGACGUCUUUUAUUCCGUCUUGUUCGUAUCUUUUCCAACACGAGAGGAAGAACAUGUCCAGAUAUAACAUAUACAGUCUUCUGGACUGGGUCUACGGCGGCGUGGACCCGAAGUUUGAGGGCAACGGGGGCCCGGAGUGUGCCGCCUUCCUGGCACCCCAGCAGCGGAUGAGCGAAAGUCUUGUCAUCGUGUUCAUCUCCAUCGUGGAGAUCGGCUUGGCGCUGAGGAAGAUCAACAUUUCGAAAGACAUCAGAGUGGCUGGGAAAGAGUGGACAAGGACAAAGGAGGACAGCCUGGGCAAGAACCUGUUGCUGGUUGCUCUUUGCAUGACUUUUGGAGUAGAGGUCGGGUUCAAAUUCGCCACCAAGACUGUGAUAUACCUGCUGAACCCAUGCCAUGUUGUCACGAUGGUCCAGAUCUUCCUGCUGGCCUGCCCGCCUUGUAAAACAGCCAUGGUGGUGUUCAGGCUUCAGGUCCACAUGUUGAACGGUGCAUUAUUGGCUCUGAUGUUCCCAGUAGUCAAUACUAGACUGCUACCAUUUGAAAAGGAGAUCUACUACAUCCAGCACUCCAUGCUCUACCUGGUGCCUCUUUACCUCUUAAGAAAAGGAGGUGUGUACAAGCCUGAGCCCCUGGGGGACAUGUGGUGGGCCAUCCUCUCCACCGGCAUCCUGUUCCUCUACCAUUUCCUGUUCUUGCAGGUUCUGGGCCUGGUGACUGAGGUUAAUCUGAACAACAUGCUGUGCCCGGCUGUGUCUGAUCCGUUUUACGGGCCUUGGUACCGCGUUUGGGCCACAGGCCACCAGACCCUGCUGACUCUUAUCCACGGGAAGGUUCUCACCCUCCUCUCCCAGCACACGGGCCCCUUCUGCAGAUACUUGCUGGAUACAGUCCGACUGCGCAACAAGGUCGACUGAACGCCCGCAGAGAUGCACACAGACAAUAGCCUUUCACUCCAAACGGCUGCUCUUACAUUGAGGGACUUUAUUAUUUUUAAUCAGCAUUUUAAUGCAUCUUGUAACACAUCUGUUUUUAUGGCAACAAGCGAGCAUUUCAGGGUCAGUGAAUCCAACGUGUCAUUCUUUGUAGUGUUAGAGUUGGCUUGCAUACAUACUUGCAUGCACAAACAUAAUAGAAAGGCAUUUUAAAGCUGGUAGUUAGCGUUGUGGAGCUGGCCAGAUUUAGCCUUGUUUUUGGAAGAGAAUUUCCAGAAUAAGUAAGUGAAUUUGUGAGAGAUGACAAUUUCUCAAGCUGCCUUUUUUUUGUAAAUAUUAUUGUUCAGCAGACAGAAAAUGGGGCUAACCCAGAUGUCACUACUGAUCUAUAACUGUUACACUUUAAGUUCUUGAGUAGUUCUGCUAGUUUAUAUAUUAGUGGGUAAAGUUGCCAUUUUUGUUUCCAAAACAUGGUUGAAAAGUUUGUGACAAUGUGAGCUGUUGUACAGACGUCUUUUAUUUGGAAAAGUUGUGGUCAGUGGUUAGUGUAGCUUCCUGUUUGCUGUUUGUGAUCACCUCUCGGUGUUGUUGUGACUGGAAAUAGAAACAUACAUGAUAUCCUUCUGUCCUCACUUCACCUACACGAGCGACCAAGAGGGAAGCGGUACACGGUUAAUAUUUCUCCUGUCCAACCAGUCGGGAUCAAUCCGGCUGUUGUUAUCAGAGGGCAUGAGGCUCUUCAACAGGAGAAACAAGGAGGAAUGUUGUACAAAUUUACACAGGUUUGGUUUUGUUUAUUUUUUUUGUUUUGUUUGUUUAUUAAGGCCUGGAACAUAUUCAGUGAGCUGUAAACUUCAUUGGUUUCAGUAUAACACGUUUGCCAAUGUAAGAUGGUUCUCGAUAGAACGGUUCUGAUCUGGAAUCAGGCAUUAUAGCACCGGAACGGAAGUUGUUGCUUGACGCCCCUGAAGUUACUUUACCGGGCAUUUUGAGUUCAGUCCAACAUUGUGAGUCUGGUGACCUGAACAACAGCACACGGUCUGCAUGAAUGUAAUUCAGUUCAAAUAUUGACUGCCCAUUUUCAAGGAAGUAUUACCUAGUGUUGAAAACUGAAAUACUCCAUUUGUGGUGUCUCAUUUCAAGUAUGAGGGAUGUGUGUGUUACUGUAGCAUACUGUAUACUGUAAUUAACUGUAAGACAAAAAAAGGGAUAAGACAGACUUUUUGUAUUUCUAUGGUUCAAGUGUACUGUGCUUUAUUGACAAUAAAAAUGAUUUCAGUCUGGCCACGGUC